AUGCGCGUUUCCCCCAGCACCGACUUCCCAGACGACAGGCUGGGCACACCUGGCAUCAGGUGGCUGGCACCUCCCGAGACCAAGAUGCGGCGUGCGGUGGGCGCUCCACAGGAGGUCACCCUGGAGAGGGGAAGGGAGGUCCUGUACAAGGGCAAUCCAUGCUGGCUGGUGAAGCUGCAGGGGUAUGACUCGCCGGAGGCUGUCGAUGAGCUGCGUGGCCACCGCCUCUUGGUCCCCUCCUCGGAGCGGCCGCCGUUGGAGGACGAGGACGAGUUCUACGUACAGGAUCUGGUGGGCCUGCGAGUGCUCAUGCACGCCGACGGGUCGCCGGCGGGUACCGUGACCGACAUCUUUGACGGCACAGGGACCCACGAUGUGCUGCAGAUCGAGGUGCCGGGCCGCCCCACCUACAUGCUGCCCUUUGCGCGGGAGCUGGUCCCCGUCGUCGACCUGGCUGCCGGGGUCAUGCGCAUCGAGCCCCCCGAGGGCCUCCUGGACCUGGCCGUGUCGGGGCCUGACCCCGACGAGGACGGGGCCGGCGAGGGCUGGGCCGGCGAGAGAGAUGGCUAG